CCGCCUCUUCCUCUCGGUCCCAUAUUGAACCCGAGUUGGAGGCGGCGAGUCCGGUCUCAAAAUGGAGGUAAAACAGCCGCCCGGCCGCCCCCAGCCCGACUCCGGCCGCCGUCGCCGCCGCCGGGGGGAGGAGGGUCAUGAUCCAAAGGAACCAGAGCAGUUGAGAAAACUGUUUAUUGGUGGCUUGAGCUUUGAAACUACGGAUGAUAGUUUAAGAGAACACUUUGAAAAAUGGGGCACUCUCACAGAUUGUGUGGUGAUGAGAGAUCCCCAAACAAAACGUUCCAGAGGCUUUGGCUUCGUGACUUAUUCUUGUGUAGAAGAGGUAGAUGCAGCAAUGUGUGCUCGGCCUCAUAAGGUUGAUGGGCGUGUAGUGGAACCAAAGAGAGCUGUUUCUAGAGAGGAUUCUGUAAAACCUGGUGCACAUCUAACCGUGAAGAAAAUUUUUGUUGGAGGUAUUAAAGAAGAUACAGAAGAAUAUAAUUUAAGAGACUACUUUGAAAAGUAUGGCAAGAUCGAAACUAUAGAAGUUAUGGAAGAUCGACAGAGUGGAAAGAAGAGAGGAUUUGCUUUUGUAACUUUUGAUGAUCAUGAUACAGUUGACAAAAUUGUUGUUCAGAAAUAUCAUACUAUUAAUGGGCAUAACUGUGAAGUGAAAAAGGCCCUUUCGAAGCAAGAGAUGCAAUCUGCUGGCUCACAAAGAGGUCGUGGAGGUGGCUCAGGCAAUUUUAUGGGUCGAGGAGGAAACUUUGGAGGUGGUGGAGGAAACUUUGGCCGUGGAGGAAACUUUGGUGGAAGAGGUGGAUAUGGUGGUGGUGGUGGUGGUGGCAGCAGAGGCAGUUAUGGAGGUGGAGAUGGUGGAUAUAAUGGAUUUGGUGGUGAUGGUGGCAACUAUGGAGGUGGUCCUGGCUACAGUAGUAGAGGGGGUUAUGGUGGUGGUGGAGGACCUGGAUAUGGAAACCAAGGUGGUGGAUAUGGUGGUGGUGGAGGAUAUGAUGGUUACAAUGAAGGAGGAAAUUUUGGUGGUGGUAACUAUGGUGGCAGUGGAAACUAUAAUGAUUUUGGAAAUUAUAGUGGGCAGCAGCAAUCAAAUUAUGGACCCAUGAAAGGAGGCAGUUUUGGUGGAAGGAGCUCAGGCAGUCCUUAUGGUGGUGGUUAUGGAUCUGGUGGUGGAAGUGGUGGAUAUGGUAGCAGAAGGUUCUAAAAACUCAACAGAAGAGGGUUGAAUGAAAACCACUUGCCUAUAUGAGGAAUGCCUUCAUAUCAUCUUAAAUUCGAAGGUUUCUGGCUGGGUAAGACUUAAAACAGUGUACUACAGAAAAAUACCUGCAUAUGAUGUCAUUUAGUGGCCCUUUCUAUCUUACAUUGUCCCAUACACAUUUUAAAUAUUUCAUCCCUAGCCCAGUUAAUGGGUGAUUUUAUGGCCCCCCAUGUAUGCAUCAUCAUUUUGAAACUAGCCGUUUGCUUAAUCCUGGGACCAUUUUAACACGGAAGCUUUGGUUUUAUAUUAUAAAGCAUUUAGAAGCCCUUUGAAGUAGCCUAUCAGCCUCAAGUCAUUUGUGACAAGCUCUUAGAACAAUUAAUUACUGACCAGGUUGGGUAACAGAUGAGAUAAUCUAAUGUAAGGGGGACACAAAGCUUAUUUACAUAGAACUUGAAGGGUAUACAAGACUAUACAGCAACCCUGUGGAGAUCAUUAUCUCUUUUACAGAUGAAGAAACAGGCUCAGUUAAAUGACAAACCCAUGUCAGGAGGUUCUCUGGGGCUAAAAGAUAGUAACUUUACGUAAUUGAAGUGAAACAUUGCUGCCUGUAUAGCUUUUUUAGAUACAGAAUUUGCCUAAAGUUUAUGGGGGCUUUUAAAAGCUGUUUCUUAUAGAAAUGAUUUUCAAGUACUGACAUUUGAUAUUUGUUUCUAUUUGGGUAAAUUUGAUAAAUAUUUCUAUCAUCAUACCUCUUACUUGGAAACCACUUCUAUUUUUUAAAAAUGCUUUUUUAAUGUAAAGAUUUAUAAAAUAUAAUGAAACCUAGCUCAAGGGAGUAUUUAUUAUGUGACACAUCAGAGUUUUAUUAAAACUUCAGCUCUGGUUCUUUGUUCAAUUACCAUCUCUAGAGUUACUCUUUGAAAACAAUUCAGCCUUCUUUUUUGGGCAUUAAUCACAAAUAAUAGGAGAUUGUGUUUUCAGUACUUAAGUAUAUAAGUGUACAUCACUAUAACAUUUGCUCCUACCACUCACCACAAAGGACUUAAUAUUUCCUCUCAUACAAUAUAGGUCAAUUCCCAAUCUGGAUUCAUGUGUUUAACCAUUAAACACAAAUCAUAUUUUUACAGUGCAAAACAUUUUUAAUCACAGAUCAGAUUAAGAUAAGACUAUUUUAAGUGACGAAAUUAUAUUGGUAUUUUUACUAAAGUCAAAUACACAUUUGUAUACUCUUUUUUUUCCCCCUCCUCCCCAAAAAAAGGUGGUAACCUAACCAUAAUCCCUCUCUUGGGGAACAGAACAAAACAUUUUUCCUAAGAUGAAGAGGACAUUUGUAGUAAAAGUUAAAAGUACUUAGAUUUUCAUUGUUGCAAUUUGAUUUUAGAACUUUAUGUAUCUUAAAAAUUUCUUCUGAAAAUAAAGGGCUAUCCCAUAGUUAGGGAAUACGUUGCAUUAUUUUUGAAGGUCUGAGCUAAUAAGAGUUUUGUGAGUUAAGUCUCACAUGCAAAUCAGCAGGCAAUAAAAUUUUAUUAACCUCCAACAGGUGAGUAAUUCUCUUCUAAAAUAACCUCCCUGAAUUUAUAAUGGUCACAUACACUGAAAAUAAAAACGUUUGGGGCCUGUCAUGUCAAUAGCAACAUAGACUUGCAGGAGCAAAGCUCCUUAAGAUCUUACAUGAUUUCUUCACUUGGUUUAGUGGUUUCAUUUCGUCAGAAAUUUUGGUUUGGUAGGCCACGUGGUAAAGAGUUCUAAAUGACAGGAUAUUCAUUCAACCAAAAUUUUUGUUCUUGAAAACUGAAAAGCAGUCAACUAAAAUAUUCAACUGUCAAAACUCCCUGAGCCUAUUGAUUUUCCUGAUUAUGAUGAACACAAGUUUAACAUAGGCAAAAUAAUGUACACAUUGGAUAACUCGAUUCAAAACUUUAGAAUAUUUUCCACUGGAAGGGUGGGACAUUGGAAGUUCUUAACCACGGUUAUUGGUGGGAUCUGUAGUGCCUCUAGGGUACAGUAGACCAAGCAAUCUUAUUUACUCCUAUGCAAAUCUCUAUAUCCUAAAAAAAAAAAUGUGUAACAAGUCCUUGUCUGGAAACAAUUUUCUACUGAGGAGAAUCCUAAUUUGGCUAUUUGACACCAAGUUAGCAGAAGAUAGCUUAUAUUGCAGAACUAAACACGAGCUGAAUGGUGGAAACAGUUUUGUUUUCAAAGAUGGCAAUUAAGUGCUGCUGUUGAAGCAGGUGACAUUUCCAAAAUGGCAGGGUUUCUGUCAUGAUGUGGAAAGAUAAAGAAUGCUACACAAACUGCUGUUACAUUUAUUUGCUAUUAGGGUAAUUGUAUAAACUGGAAGAAUUUUAUACAAGUACUUUAAAAAAUAUUCUGGAUGUUAAAAACUUAAAAGGGGUUGCUUAUAAUGGAUUAAAAUUCAUGUAACUAUAGAACUACAUUUUCAUUAAAAUCUUUUUGUAAAA